UAACAUGUGGGGCAAAUUUGAUUAUAGGAUUAAAUUGGGUUGGGGUCGAGAAUGGAGAAUUUUAACCCAGGCAGAGCUUCAAUUGCCCUCCCAAAAAUUGUCGACCAAGAAGAUCUCCGGCAACAAACGGGCAUUUCCGGUGAAUUCCAUCACCAAGAUUUGAAACGAUCAAAUUCAGAGAUUGAAACUUGAUGAAGUCCUGCUCACAGAUUCUACAGAAGAUCAUGAAGAAAGGAUUCCUAUCUUCUGAUCUCCAUGUUCCCAUCAACCCUAAUCCUAAUCAAGAAAGGAUUCAUCUGAUUCCCAUUAAUCACCUCAAUCCCAUGAUCCCACUCUCAAUACUCCUCUUUCUUCAUCAAAAACCCUAAUAUUCGCAUCAUCAACUCCUCUCCCUUCAUGAACUCCGUCCUUGUCCUUCAGAACCUUCGCGUAUUCAGUCUUGGCUUGAAUCCUUUUAAUUCCUAUUGCGUCGCUCAUCACUCUGCUAAUUUUCCCCCUUAUACGUCUAUUACUGCUCUGAUUUCUGGUAGUUUUUCCAUUUUUCGUUCGUUUAAUAUGUAAACACGUAAAAAAAACAAGGUUUUGUUGUCUGUUCCCUGCUGUUUCCUGCGGAAACAAAGAAUAGUCGUUUUGGGGAUUUGUAUUCUAGGGUUUUUUUAUUGGAUCGUCGUUUUUAUUUUGGGGUGUCGUUUUUGGGUGUUGUAUUGAGAAGAGAUGCUGGAGGCGCAGCCAGUGUUGUUCAGGAGAAGCCCGUCGAGGAGGCGCAUGCUGAGGCCUGGCGUUGGUACCGACGAUAGAGGUGGGACUUCUCUUCAUGUUAAAGGUGAUUUCAAACUGGUGAGUUUCUUCAGUUUCAUCAAUCCCUCUUUUAUGUUGUUGUUGUUGUUGUUGCAGAAUCCUUCUUUUAAGCGGCAGGCACUACUUGGCAACUUGAACUACAACAAUGCCGCAUCCUAUAAAUCUAAUGGGGGAAUUGGCUCCAGCAGUUCAAGUAGUGAUUCCUUGUCGUUCAGUGAUUCAGAUUCAGCGAGUUCCUCAAGGAGUCAUUCUGAAGCAUGGCCAAUGUGCGGUGCACUGCAGAAGAAAAUGAUUUGCUUCAAGGCUUCUUUUGAGUGUGCGGCUUCAAUUCAUGGACUAGAUAGUGUUGCUGUGAACAUGGUUUGCUGUUUCAUAUUGGAUGAAUUUUUUGUGGCAGGACAACUGCUAGAAGAGGUUUGUGGUGUGCAUUAUUAAUCACAGACUUUCUUCCAUUGCAGCAGGCCUUACCAAAUGUUCCACCAGCAAUGCUGAUGCCGUUAAUUGCGGAAGUGAGAUUUUGUCAAAUCUUACGGUAGGAACACCAUGGAAGACAGUUGCCAAAGUAAGGAACACUUUUGGCAUCGAUUCACAAUUUUGUUAUUUCAUUAAGUGCACUAAAAAAUUGGAAAACACAAAAUCCGAUUGUAUGGUGUGUGAUUAAUAGUAAAGGUGAAGCUUUUGCGAUUGAGAAAUUCUAAGAAAAGUGUGAUUUGAAUGGCUACCGGAAGAUUUGAAGUGGGUUCGACUCAGCAGUGUUAGUGGCGGCAGUGACGGAGGCGAUGAGAUAUUGAAUAGGAAAAUUUUUUUAUAUUGUUUGCGAACCAUGGAAACAAUGGAAGAAUGCCUAACAAUGGAAGAAAGCCUUGAUGAUGUCCUCAAUUCAACGGGAUCUAGGUUCGUGAUGGGCAUAAUCGCCGGAUCCCCUCUCACUCCUUCUAGUCCCGUUACAUCUCUCAAACCCAUAUCGCUACUGCUUAUCACGCUGUCCGCCUCAAUGCACCUCUCGUCGGGGCAAGGUUGCCACCUGGUGUGUCCUCUACAGUGCUUUCCACGACGCUUAUAUUCUGUGUUUUAUUUCUAAAUAUUAUAAAUAAUUAAUUAUUAUUGUUAUUAUCAUUAUAUGAAAUUAUUUUAAUAUUUACUUCUAGUAGGAGUUAGAAAGACAGUAUCCUAUGGUUGGUGUAAUGUUGGAUGAUUAUUUGGAGAGUUUUUAGUCAUAGUCUGAAUGCUCCACAAUUCUCAUGGA